AUGGUUGAUCAAGCAAUUUGGCCUGUUUCAACGUCAGGUCAGUUCACAGCAAAGGAUGCUUAUAUUUCUAUUUCUACCUCCCACCCAAUUAUACCUUGGUGCAAAUUCAUUUGGCAUAAAGCAGUUCAACCACGUAAAAGCAUGGCUACUUGGAAAGUUCUCCAUGGUAGAAUGCUCACAGAUGAAUUGCUAUAUGUGAUACAUAGUUUUUGGAGUUGGAUUUUUCAGCUUUUUCGCUUGAGUUUUUCGAAUCAGACAGAGGAUCUUGGAUUAUUAUCACCAAUGGUGCUUGACUCUUUUCCAGCUCCGUCUAGAAAACUCUGGUGCUUUGCCGACUCUGCUUCUCUUUAUUUUGCACCGUGCUCUUCGUCUCUGGGUUCUCUGCCAGCCUUCCAGUUACUGAGUUUAUCACCUCUGCGGCUCAAAGCUCCAAAAUUUAUUCCAGUAAGAUGGGCCCCUCCUCCUGUGGGUUGGCUAAAGGUAAACACUGAUGGGUCAUUUCGUAGCCCAGAGGUAGCAGGUUUUGGAGGAUUAUUUAGAGAUUCGGAUGGUUUAUUUAAGGGUGCCUUUGCCUAUAGAGUCAUUGUUAAUAGUGCAAUUGAUGCUGAGAUUCUGGCAGUCAUUGAGGCUCUUCGUGUUGCCUGGGCAAGAAGUUGGACACAUAUUUGGCUUGAAACAGACUCAACUCUAGUACGUAGUUCACUAUUUCAAUUCGCCCAAUCUAAUACCUUGGAGGUUCAAAGUGGAAUGGUUGAACUAGAAGGUAACUCUUCAACUGAUGCUCUUGCUAAUUAUGGUGCUCAAAAUGAUGGUUCUAUUUGGUGGACUUCACCUCCUAGGUUCAUUGCUGGAUUCUAUGGUCGGGAUCUAUCUUAUGUUACUCAUUAUCGCUAUGCGUAA